AUGGCUCAAAGGUUCUUGUUGGCGAACGUCAAUCACUGUGCCAGAGCUCAGGAUCUACUACACCAGAGCAUGGCACAGUGGAUGACACACGUAUGUGUGGUGACAGAGCCUUAUUACGUGCACGAGAGGGAUGAUUGGGCUGGCGACCUGGAGGACAAAGUCGCAGUGAUCACCAACCCAGCAGCGGACUCCUUACCCUUCAGUAAGAUCCGGAGGGGCCGGGGAUGCGUCGCCGCUCUGGUAGGCGACAUUGUGAUAGUGGGGGGUUACUUCUCUCCGAAUCGCUCUGUCUCCGAAUUCGAGACGUUCCUAGCAGAGGCCGGUACUCUGCUGACUGGGUGGGGUCGUCCCCACGAAGUGUUGGUGGCCGGAGAACUCAACUCGAAAUCGCAAUCGUGGGGCUCCCGUGUGAAUUAUGUAAGUAUGACAUUAGCAUCACCGGUCUAA